CGAAUGUCAUCGCCCCCCCUCCAUUCCGAAAGUGGUGAGAUUUUGGGGUUUUGGAGGGAUAUAAGGACUUGCUUGGCGCCAACACUUUUCAUCUCUUACUUCCAUAGCUCUAUGCAGAGUGAACUUCACCAAACUUCUACGCUCAUCCUUAUCUUAUCACUAUAGUCACAUUCCAGUCAUGUCUAUAGUACAGCCCAUCAUCCGAGACCAACUCGUCAUCCACAAUGAUGACGACUGGGACUCGGUGUACCACGUUGAAUGGGAACCCGACGCCAACUUCUUCACCGGUUCUGAACUUCGUCCAAGAACACCAUUAUGCAAAGCAACAGCCGAUCACCAAAUCACACUAGCUCGCGCCGCAGCGCUGAUUAUUCGCUCAUCUCUCAACAACAUCCCUCUGGAUAUCCCGGACUUUGAUCCCUCCAAACUUACCGGCUUCCGAAAACAAUUGUAUCAAUGGAUGCAAGCUUACAACUCGUCUCAGGCGAGUAAGCUCGUGCUGGGCGACGUGACGAUGACUGUUACGAUUGAGAUACUCUCGUCGCUCAUGCGUAUGGGCGUUGAAGGUGAGCUUUUGGCAAAGAUCGGACCGAACUUGGGAGCCAUUCUGCAAGGGACUAUUGAUCCGAUGCCGCUCCUGUUGGAAGGCGAUAGGUUCAAUCGGAUGCAAGAUGGGAUGGAAUUGAUGCAGAAGAUGAGAGCGCAUUUCCGACAAUAUCUCUCAUCAUAUGCGACAAAGAAGCCUGUUCUGAACGUCCUCGAAGUCAGCGCCAGUACGAGCAACACCACGCAGACGAUCUUUGAAGCGCUUCGGGAACAGAAGAGUGUCUCGUAUACACUUACGGACUCGUCGCUUUCAGUGCUGGAGCAAACGAAGUCGGGCGUCACCAAGGACUUCCUCAAGUUCAAGAGCCUCGACAUUAACCGCGAUUCUAUUGAGCAAGGCUUCAGUUCCAAUACCUACGACGUUAUUAUCGCCAACAACAUCCUUCAAACAGCCAACUCUCUUUCAGAAACACUGGCCAACUUGCGCCAACUUCUCGUCCCCGGCGGUGCCCUCGCUCUCGUCGGACUUUCAGACAUAUCACCGGCUUACAGCCUCAUGUUAGGUAUGAAUGAAAAUAUGUGGUCAGAUGAACGUUUUGAACAAUUGCCAUACCCGUCCAACGACGACUGGAACAAGUUGCUACAGGGUAACCAGUUCAGCGGCCUCGAACCGGCAACCAAAACAUUCGAUUACAUCGGCCAAUCCUGCUACUGCGUCGUCUCAACAGCCGUUGAAUCAACUCAGCAGUUAAUGGUUAAUAUUCUACCAGGAUCACAGGGCAAUCUGUUCAGCUUUGCGGACCAGCUGGCUUCAGUACUGGCAGAGAAUGGUACCGCAUCAACUAUAACACCAACACGUCUGGAAGAUAUCUCGUCGCGAUUCGUUUACGUCGUCCUAGAUGACGAUUCCGAGUCUCUGAGCGAUUAUGAGAGUCUGUCCGAAGCGAACAACAUUCUUUGGAUCAAUAUGGAAGCUGGGCUUCCAACGCAACGUGAUAUAAACAUCAUCAGUCGUUUCGCUCGCGGCGCUCGAAAGGACAACGAAAGUCUCAAGCUUGUGAAGCUCGACGUCAAGCAGGAGUAUCCAGAAUAUUCAGACCUUCUUAAGGUUAUCAUGCGGAUUAUCCAAGUGUCGUUUCAGGAGAAUCGUGGCUCGAGGACGGAAUUUGAAUAUGAGUAUCGCAAUGGCACAGUUCUUGUGCCGCAAGUAAAAGGGUCGGGGGUUACGCAGAAGUCUGUUUGAGGGGAGCCAGCCAGGCAGAAGGAUGGAUCUUGGCGACUUGGAGUUAGUUUGUCUCAUUUGGCGUAGUGUUCGGAGUACGCGUUCAUCUGUUUAUUGGAGUUUGCGCAGGCACUUAUUGGGGAUACUCGCAGGAGACGUUCCAUCGUUCGCUGAAUACAGUACGGUAGCCUUGUUUUGUCUUCAAAUUGACUUCCUGUUUCCUUUGUACAAUAUAUUCGGCCCUUCUUGAUGCAAGCUCAUCCGGAGAGCGACGUAGCAGCAACACUGGCGAGGCAACACGAGAAGCGUAAGCUCCUUGUUAGAUAUGUCGCAAUGGAAACCGAGCGCACGCGUAUGCUUCAAUGUUGGUCAGCCUCAGCUCGAACGGCUCAAGCUGUUCACCCAUCCUGUGCUAAGACGUCUGUCAUGUACAAACGCGCCGAGCUAUGAUAAGCGUAGUGCCAGCUGCCAACCUGUGCCAGUGCCACGGAGCAACGUGUGCCACGGUUAUCUGUCAUUGCCUAGAGUUUUUGUUCUCGCAAUGUCAAUCAACCAUCCUAAGUGACUGCUCUCCUCUUGUCAUACUCCUGCUUCAUCAACUCCCCCCCAAAACAACCUCUUCCUUUCCCAUCUCUCCUCU